AGGAACAAGUCAGAGUCAAGAUCAUUUGGGGGAAGAGCGUUUUAGGCAGAGGGAUUAGAACAGCGCCGUUAGGGCGGGCAAGAGCUUGUCGGACUCCAGAGCUUGCCGCGUGCUCAGGACUUACGGAGGGUGGACGAAGAUAAGAGAGAGAGGUGUGCAGGACAGGAUCAUGUCAUACCUUAAGGACAAGAUAAGCUCUCCAGCCCUCCAGCUGGCCACGCGGUGAGUUCAAGGCCCUAAUCCAGUCGUACAACAGAAUUUACACCAGCCCUGAGCGUGAAAAGAUGGUGUCACAGUCUAGGGACCAGCAGGAUUCUCCUGUGGACCGCUGGCAAGGGGUCAGUGAUGACUUUGUCGACGCUGAUGGUUCGCCCAGCCUCCUGGACAAUGACCACCCGCCUUGCCAAUCAGACGUGAGGUUCACGAGGCCCAGAGCUGCCUGGGUCAACCCCCAGUGUGUGCAGCAGCAGCUGCAGGAUUUGUCCCUCCAGGUGCCAACAGUGGGGAACAGUGGGAGCCACUUUCUGGGGGAUACUGCCUCUGCCUUGGGCCCUUCACCGUUGUCCCCUGGGGAAUCCAUGAUGGAGACAUCAUUUUCUGAGGAUGCCGCGGACUCCAUGGGCAGCUCCUUGGCCCGGGGCUCAGGUGAAAAGAGCAGUGACUUCUCUUGUACCUCCACGGAAGAGCGGGCAGUGCUCCCAGGACGCUCUCCUCAGAAGCCUCUGUUCACAAGCUCCAAGAUUUCGGCCACUUCCCCAUGUCCUGACAAUGCUGAGGCUGACAAUGCUUUUUUCAAGCCUUCCCACCUGACAGCUUCGGCUGAUGAAGGUGCUGUUCAAGCCAGUGGAAGAAGCACUUCUUUGAAUUCCUUCUCACCGGACGCCUUUGUGCUCCCUGUCGAUGUAGAAAAGGAAAAUGCCCACUUUUACGUUGCAGAUAUGAUUAUAUCAGCAAUGGAAAAGAUGAAGUGUGACAUCCUGAGUCAACAGAACACAGAGCACUGGAGGAUAGAAGAAGCCAGUGGGUUACUUGGGGAUGAUCAAGCUGACUCUGAAGUGACCUUUUCUUCCAACAUAAAGCAGGAAUCUGGGUCUUCCACUUCUUCAGACAGUGGCUAUGAAGGUUGUGCUGUGUUGCCGGUCAGCCCCGUGGUUGAAACGCCUACUUACUGUGAAGGGAUAAAAGAGGUCUGCGACUGUGACUUUGAUGAAUUUGUUAUUUUGGAACUUGGAGAGGUUAGCAAUACCACAGAAAACUGCAGAUGUUCCUGCAACUCCCCUAAGAGUGUUGUUUAUGAGCCAGACUUCAAUUCUGCUGAGCUAAUAGCCAAAGAGUUGUACCAAGUAUUCCGCAAGUGCUGGAUGUUGUCAGGAGUUAAUUAUCAGCUGGCAGGUUCCCUGGAUGCAGCUGGCUCAAUAGUUGUAAAUGAAGAGCGUGUCCGAAAAGACUUUGAAUCCAGCAUGGAUGUCGUGCAGGAAAUUACAUUUAAGUCGAGGAUCAGAGGGACUGAAGAUUGGGCACCCCCUAGAUUUCAAAUCAUCUUUAACAUCCAUCCUCCACUCAAGAGGAAUCUUGUGGUAGCAGCCCAGAAUUUUUUCUGUGCUGGCUGUGGAACUCCAAUAGAACCUAAGUUUGUGAAGCGGCUCCGGUACUGUGAAUACCUGGGGAAGUAUUUCUGUGACUGCUGCCACUCAUAUGAGGAGUCCUGCAUCCCUGCCCGGAUCCUGACCAUGUGGGACUUCAGGAAGUACUAUGUCAGCAAUUUCUCCAAACGGCUGCUGGACAGCAUAUGGCACCAACCCAUUUUCAAUUUGCUGAACGUCAGCCACAGCCUGUACGCCAAGGUCAAGGAACUGGACAGAGUGCGGGAAACCCAGGAGCAGCUUUUUCAUAUCAAGAAAUUAUUGAAGACCUGCAGGUUUGCUAAAAGUGUAUUAAAGGAGUUUGAGCAGGUGCCGAGACACUUGACAGAUGAGCUCCACCUCUUCUCCCUGGAAGACCUGGUCAAGGUCAAGAAAGGGCUGCUGGUGCCCUCGCUCAAGGACGUUCUAAAAGCUUCGCUCGCGCACGUGGCCAGCUGUGAGCUGUGUCAAGGAAAGGGCUUCAUUUGUGAAUUUUGCCGGAGUACUGCUGUCAUCUUCCCAUUUCAGACUUCAAUGUGUAGAAGAUGUUCAGUGUGCAGAGCAUGCUUUCACAAGCAGUGUUUCCAGUCCUCUGAGUGCCCCCGCUGUGCAAGGAUCACAGCUAGGAGAAGACUUUUGGAAAGUUUGCCCUCCACGGCGAUGUGAUGCCCCUGAGUACUGUGAAAAAGACUGUUCAACAUGCCUUGUCACACCGAUUUGUGUCUGUUAUUGAUAAUAUUGUUUUAGAUAUCAACUAUUGUAUAUUAAGAAAACAAGUGGCCAUAUUCUCUUUAUUAUAUAUAUUUAAUUUUUUAAAAGAAUGAAGAUUAUUAUUAAGCGAAGGGUUGUUACUGGUGGUUUUGUUUACAAAUGUUCAAUGUUUUUGCUGCUACUGUUUUUUUUAAAUAGUUUUUUUUGGAUAAUUCUUAAAUUGUAUUUGAAAAGUUGUAUUUAGCUAAUGUUGGAGCUUAUUUUUUAUGGAUCGUAACUGACAAGAUUCAGUUCCUCUUCCUGUAAAACUUGUUUUGUGAAACGGAUUGGUACUUUCAAUGAACAAAAAUGCAACCAAAAAUGUUUGCUCAGGGUUUUUUCCUGACUAAAUGCCAUUUUGUAAUUGUAUCAGUCUUACAGAUUUCACUUAUUGCAGGGUUUGUGUAGAGAGUACACAUUACUUCGACAGUCACGUUUAUUUCAAGAUGCGUUUGAGUUGCUUAGCAGUGCGUGGAGGUGCCGUUUGGAGCUGUUGCCUCUAGAUGGCGCUCUUUCAGAUGGCACAAAUCAAACCUGUGUUUGUCAUCCCUAUUCCACACACUAAGUCAAGGGAUGCACGGGUGAGCAGAACUUCAUCCCUGCGCUUUAGGGUUUUGUCUCAUUGAUAUAAAACUGAACAUAAGGUAUUUGGACUUAAAUUGUGGGAAAAUACUGUUAACGAACAAUAUGAUUCUAGU